AUGACACAGCAGCCGCGACUGCAGAUCGCAAUCGAUCGAGGCGGCACCUUCACCGACUGCCUCGGACGCCUCCCCUCCUCCCAUCCCGACCAGCCCGCGCGCGACAUUGUCAUCAAGCUCCUCUCCCACGACCCCGCAAACUACAAGGACGCCCCCCGCGAGGGAGUACGCCGCAUCCUCGAGGCCGCAUUUGGACAGUCCAUCCCGCGCGGCCAAAAGAUCGACACCUCCCGCAUCGACUACAUCCGCCUCUCCACCACCGUCGCCACAAACGCCCUCCUCGAGCGCAAGGGCGAGAGGCACGCACUCGUAAUCACAAAGGGCUUCAAGGACCUCGUCCAGAUCGGCAACCAGUCCAGGCCGGCCAUCUUUGACCUCGCCAUCCGCAAACCCGAGGUCCUCUACUCGGGCGUCCUCGAGGUCGACGAGCGCGUCACCCUCGUCGGGUACACGUCGGACCCAAACGCAAGGCAGAACGCGGUCCAGUUUGCAGAGCAGCCGCCGCGCGGCGACAGUGACGGUGACGACCAACACCAUCGCCAUUCCAUCCAACGCCCCUACAGCGGCACCGACCUGCCGCCCCGCGCCUACGAUGCCCACGGCAACGCCACCGCCGAUGCCGAGAUCGUCCGCGGCGUCUCGGGCGAGGCCGUCGCCAUCCUCAAGCGCCCGGACGAGGAGCUGAUCCAGAGGCAGCUCAGCGCCCUCUACCACGAUCACGGCUACCGCUCGCUCGCCGUCGUCUUCAUCCACAGCUACACCUUCCCCCAACACGAGCAGAUCGUCAAGCGCAUCGCAAAGGAGAUCGGCUACACCACCGUCAGCUGCAGCGCAGAGCUGAUGCCCAUGAUCAAGAUGGUGCCCCGCGCCACCUCGUCGACCGCAGACGCCUACCUCACCCCCGUUCUCCAGGCCUACAUCGACAGCUUCUUUUCCGGCUUCGACGACAGCCUCCGCGACGGCAGCGCCGGCACCAAGGUCGAGUUCAUGAUGUCCGACGGCGGCCUCACCUCGGUCGACCACUUCAGCGGCCUCAAGUCGAUCAUCUCGGGCCCCGCCGGCGGCGUCGUCGGCAUGGCCCUCACCUCGUACGACUCCCAAGACGGGAGACCCAUCAUUGGCCUCGACAUGGGCGGCACCUCGACGGACGUCUCGCGCUACGCCGGCGCCUACGAGCAGGUGUUUGAGACGGUGCUCGACGGCAUCACGAUCCAGAGCCCGCAGCUCGACGUCAACACCGUCGCCUCGGGCGGCUCCUCGCGCCUCUUUUUCCGCAACGGCCUCUUCGCCGUCGGGCCAGAGUCGGCAUCCGCGCAUCCGGGACCCACGUGCUACCGCAAAGGCGGCCCGCUCGCCAUCACCGACGCUAACCUCGUCACCGGCAGGCUGGCGGUCGAGAUGUUCCCAAAGAUCUUUGGACCCAACGAGGACCAGGGCCUCGACGUCGAGGGAAGCACGCGCGCGUUUGAGGAGCUUACGCGGCAGAUCAACGCCGAGACCGGCCAGCAGCUGAGCGUCGACCAGGUCGCCCAGGGCUUCAUCCGCAUCGCCAACGAGACCAUGUGCCGGCCGAUUCGGUCGCUGACCGAGGCGCGCGGCUACUCUGCCUCGAAGCACAUCCUCGCCUGCUUUGGCGGUGCCGGCGGCCAGCACGCCGCCUCGCUGGCGCGCAGCCUGGGCAUCCGCACCGUCAUCGUGCACCGCUACUCGUCCAUCCUCUCGGCCUACGGCAUGGCGCUGGCGGACCGCGUCUUUGAGGAGCAGGAGCCGUCGUCCGAGGUGUGGUCCGGACCCGGCUCGUCGUCGGGCCAGCGCAUCCGGAAGCGGGUCGAGGCGCUCAAGGAAAAGGUGCACGGCGAGCUGCGGCAGCAGGGCUUCGAGGACGCGCGGAUCCGCCUCGAGGUGCUCCUCAACCUGCGCUACGACGGCACAGAUACGGCCCUCAUGACGCUCGAGCCGCAGGACGGCAGCUGGGAGUUUGAGCGGGUGUUUGUGGAAAAGUACCGCACCGAGUUUGGCUUCGUGCUCGAGGGCAAGGACAUUGUCGUCGACGACGUGCGCGUGCGCGGGGUGGGCAAGAGCUUUGACGCGCUCGGCGAGAGCACGCUGGCCGAGUACCGGCGUCUGUUUGAGUCUGGUUCUCGCUCGGCUUCGUCGAAGUCGGCGUCGACCGCGAGACCUAGCGAUGGGGCGAAUCAGGAGGGCGAGAAGGAGGAGGAGGAGGUCGAGACGACACGCAAAGUCUACUUUGACGAGCACGGGAGGCUCGAGACGCCCAUCGUGCCUCUGCGAUCCUGCCGACCGGGUCGGGCGAUCCAAGGUCCGGCGAUCCUCAUCGACGAGACGCAGACGAUCCUCGUCGAGCCCCGCUGUACCGCGUGCAUCACCAGCCAAGCCGUCAUUGUCAAUAUCCUGUACGAGUAG